AGAGAGAAAAGUAAAAAAUGGAAAGUGGGAUGAAGAAGAAGAAAGAAAACGAAAUGUUUCAUGUAAUUCACAAGGUUCCUUCUGGUGAUGGUCCUUAUGUUCGUGCCAAACAUGCUCAGCUAGUUGAGAAGGAUCCGGAGGCGGCAAUUGUGUGGUUUUGGAAAGCUAUAAACACAGGAGAUAGAGUUGACAGUGCACUUAAAGAUAUGGCUGUGGUUAUGAAGCAACUCGAUAGAGCUGAAGAAGCCAUUGAAGCUAUCAAGUCUUUCCGAUUCCUUUGCCCUAGGAAUUCCCAAGAAUCGCUCGAUAAUGUUCUCUUCGACUUGUACAAGAAAUGUGGAAAAGUUGAUGAACAAAUAUUGCUGCUCAAGCACAAGCUCAAAUUGAUUUACUUAGGCGAGGCUUUCAACGGAAAACCCACUAAAACCGCUCGCUCUCACGGCAAGAAGUUUCAGGUUUCUGUCAAACAAGAAACUUCUAGAAUACUGGGAAACUUGGCUUGGGCUUACAUGCAGAAAUCGAAUUUCGUGGCGGCAGAAGUUGUGUACAGUAAAGCACAAAUGAUUGACCCCGAUGCAAACAAGGCCUUGAACUUAUGCCAUUGCCUUAUCAAACAAUCUCGAUUUGAAGAGGCUAAUUUGGUUCUUCGAGAUGUGCUGCAGUACAAUCUUCCUGGUUCUGAUGACUUCAAAUCGAGAAACCGAGCAUUUGAAUUGUCGCUGGAAUUGGAUCAAACGAAUCGACACGACCCGUUUCCGUUGAAUAUUCCGGGUCUGUGUUUUGAGGAUGAUUUUACGGAAGCGCUCGAUCGUGUGAUGAAUGAAUGGGCACCUACAAGAUCAAGAAGGCUGCCUAUUUUCGAAGAAAUUUCUCAGUUUAGAAAUCAAUUAGCUUGUUGAAUUUUGAAUGUUGAUAAUAUAGUGAAUAAUGGUCCUAAUGAGGCCAGCAGUUCUGUAGUUCUGUAUAUACUGAUGUAAAAUUGGGAUCUGAAGUUUGGUGAAGUGAGUAAAAUACACGUGUUUUGAAUU